AGUGUUUGGAGUGUGUUAGUGUGUUAGUGUGUGUCAGAUCGCAGACAUGCCCCGCAGGAGGAAGGAUCGCAUGCGAGCGGGUGCGUGUUUCGCUGCGAUCUUCGUCGUGCUCAUCCUCACCCUCAUCAUCAUCUGCACGGUGAAGUUCCCGAAGCGGGAGGAGUGUCCGAGGGGCAUGUUCAGCACAGCAGCUGUGGCCACAGACUCGCAAACAUGCUCCAACAUCGGCCGUGAUAUCCUGCGCUCUGGAGGUUCGGCUGUAGAUGGCGCUAUAGCUGCUUUAAUAUGUACAUCAGUAACAAAUCCACAGAGUAUGGGCCUUGGUGGAGGAGUUAUAUUCACCAUCAGGGCGAAAAACGGUACAGUGAGAAUCAUUAACGCGAGGGAAACCACGCCGAAGAAUUUUAAAGCGGAUCUGCUGUCCGACUGCUCCAAUGUGACAGGUGUGCAUUGGGUUGGGGUUCCCGGAGAGCUGCGUGGUUAUGAGCAUGCUCAUCGUCUGUACGGUCAGUUGCCCUGGAAAGAUUUGUUUACACCGACGAUUCAUCUGGCCAGAGACGGGGUUAAGAUCUCUACCAUGCUCAGCCGCUACCUGUCUAAUGUCUUCAAGAACCAGCAUACAGCACUGAGUUCGUUGUUUAAGCACCCAGACGGAACGUUGUUACAGGAGGGAGACACGGUGAGGUUUGAGAAACUCGCCGACACGCUGCAGAAGGUCGCAGACGGUGGAGCUGAGGUGUUUUACAGCGGAGACGUUGCUCAGGCGCUGGUCAGAGACGUUCAGGCAGCAGGUGGGACUCUCACGCUGGAGGAUCUGAAAUCAUUUAAAGUUGUUGUAUCAGAACCCUGGAACGUUUCUUUGGAUAAAUAUACGAUGUACUUCCCUCCUCCACCAGCAGGAGGCGCCAUACUCAGCUUCAUCCUCAACAUCAUGGAGCGUUAUGAAAUGAACCCAACGUUUAUAAAAGGUAAUGAGAAGGUGCGAACGUACCAUCGCUACGUCGAGGCAUGUAAAUUCGCUAACGCCCAGAAGCAGUUUAUCAAAGACCCGAAGUUCACUCCAGAUAAGGAAGCGCGCAAUCUGACCAAGGUGGCGUUUGCUGACGAUGUGAUGCGGAGGAUCACAAAUAUUACUCAUGAUGCUCAGUACUACAACAUGAUGCCACACGCUGACACACAGGGAACCACACACAUCUCUGUGCUAGAUUUAAAUGGGACCGCCGUCUCCGUCACAAGCACCAUCAACUACAUAUUCGGCUCCAGAGUUUUAUCUUCUAACACAGGCAUCAUCCUGAACAACGAGCUCGCUGACUUCUGUGGCAGAACCACACACAUUCACCCAGGAGAACAGCCACCCUCCUCCAUGGCGCCGGUGGUCCUCUACUCUCCGUCUGAUCAACACACCCUGGUAAUCGGAGCUUCAGGAGGCAGUAUGAUCACCACCGGCAUGGCCACGGCGCUGAUGAAUUACCUGUGGCUGGGGAAAACUCUGAAAGAGUCCAUCAAUACACCUGUCGUAUACGUGGACGGAAAAAACCAACUCAGUUUUGAGAAUACACAUGAGGAUGUGAUUAAGGCUCUUCAGCAACUCGGUCACUCCGUCACAGAUAAACCAUAUUUCUACAACUCGGUUAACGCCGUGUCCAAGCACGAAGACGAGUGUGUUAAUGCCAUUUCUGACAAACGCAAAAUGGGUGUACCUGCAGGAUACUAAACACCACACACACACACACACACACACACACACACACACACUAAACACCCAACACUAAACACCACACACACACACACACACACACAAAACACCCAACACUAAACACCACACACACACACACACACACACUAAACACCCAACACUAAACACCACACACACACACACACACACACACACACACACACACACACACUAAACACCCAACACUAAACACCACACACACACACACACACACACACACACACACACUGAACACCCAACAUUAAACACCACACACACACACACACACACUGAACACCCAGUACUAAACACCACACACACACGCGCACACACACACACACACACACACACACACUGAAUACCCAGUACUAAACACCACACACACACACACACACACAUACACUGAAUACCCAGUACUAAACACCACACACACACACACACACACACACACUGAACACACACACACACUGAAUACCCAACACUAAACACCACACAUCUAACACUAGUAUAGACCUAAUUAGUCACACAGUUAACCUCAGAGUUAUAAGUAUGUGUUGUAAGUGAAUAUAAGAAUGAGAUAUAUUGUAUAUGUUGUUUAUCUAUAUGUAUAUCUCUGAUAUGUAGAAUUAAAUAGACUUAAUGUCUUAUGUUUUAUUUACAUUUAUUUUACUGAAGUUAUUAUGAAGGUCUUUAGUUUGAGAUUUCUUAUCCUGACGUCCCCUCACCCUGACGUCCCCUCACCCUGACGUCCCCUCACCCUGACGUCCCUUCACCCUGACGUCCCUUCACCCUGACGUCCCCUCACCCUGACGUCCCCUCACCCUGACGUCCCUUCACCCUGACGUCCCUUCACCCUGACGUUCUCUCACCCUGACGUCCCUUCUCCCUGACGUCCCCUCACCCUGACGUCCCUUCACCCUGACGUCCCCUCACCCUGACGUCUCCUCACCCUGACGUCUCCUCACCCUGACGUCCCCUCACCCUGACGUCCCUUCACCCUGACGUCCCUUCACCCUGACAUUCUCUCACCCUGACGUCUCCUCACCCUGACGUCCCCUCACCCUGACGUCCCUUCACCCUGACAUUCUCUCACCCUGACGUCCCCUCACCCUGACAUUCUCUCACCCUGACGUCCCCUCACCCUGACGUCCCCUCACCCUGACGUCCCUUCACCCUGACGUCCCUUCACCCUGACGUUCUCUCACCCUGACGUCCCCUCACCCUGACGUCUCCUCACCCUGACGUCUCCUCACCCUGACGUCCCCUCACCCUGACGUCCCUUCACCCUGACGUCCCUUCACCCUGACAUUCUCUCACCCUGACGUCUCCUCACCCUGACGUCCCCUCACCCUGACGUCCCUUCACCCUGACAUUCUCUCACCCUGACGUCCCCUCACCCUGACAUUCUCUCACCCUGACGUCCCCUCACCCUGACAUUCUCUCACCCUGACGUCCCCUCACCCUGACGUCUCCUCACCCUGACGUCUCCUCACCCUGACGUCCCUUCACCCUGACGUCCCUUCACCCUGACGUCCCCGCACCCUGACGUCUCCUCACCCUGACGUCUCCUCACCCUGACGUUCUCUCACCCUGACGUCCCCUCACCCUGACGUCCCCUCACCCUGACGUCCCUUCACCCUGACGUCCCUUCUCCCUGACGUCCCUUCACCCUGACAUUCUCUCACCCUGACGUCCCCUCACCCUGACGUCCCUUCUCCCUGACGUCCCUUCUCCCUGACGUUCUCUCACCCUGACGUCCCCUCACCCUGACGUCCCUUCACCCUGACGUCCCUUCUCCCUGACGUCCCUUCACCCUGACAUUCUCUCACCCUGACGUCCCCUCACCCUGACGUCCCUUCACCCUGACGUCCCUUCUCCCUGACGUCCCUUCUCCCUGACGUUCUCUCACCCUGACGUCCCCUCACCCUGACGUCCCCUCACCCUGACGUCACUUCACCCUGACGUCACUUCACCCUGACGUCCCCUCACCCUGAUGUCCCCUCACCAUCACGUCUCCUCACCCUGACGUCCCUUCUCCCUGACGUCUCCUCACCCUGACGUCCCCUCACCCUGACGUCCCGUCACCCUGACGUUCCCUCACCCUGACGUUCCCUCACCCUGACGUCCCGUCACCCUAUAAUCUUCAAUCUGACAUUCUCUGAACCAGAUGUUCCCUCACCUAACCCUUUCAGAACUUCCCUUAAUAACACACAAGAUUGUUUCCUAUUUUAUUUCAAAUCCAUGGUGUGUGUGUUACUGCUCAUGAAGUGUUUACAAAACCGUCUGGCAGAUGUUAAAGAUUGUGUAUCUCCAACAAGUGAUCAUUGUAGAGAAAUAAAGCACUGAAGGGCUGUGUUCCAAACUCUCGCACUGGAUAGUCUUCUUACUGGAAUUCAUUCUAACGAGUACACGUGGAUUUGCAUUAAACCUGAUGUACAAUUACAUGCAGUGCAUUAUGGGUAAUACUCCCUCUGACAUCUCCAACAUCAGGAGGUCUGGUUAGAACAGAGCCUGUGUUCUACAGUGUAGCGUCUGUGGGAAAAGCUAGACUUCAGAAUGUAAUAAUGUUUGUCUUUAACCUACUGUUCUUAUUUUUUAUUUUAUUUAAUUAUUAUAAAUAAAUAAACCAUACAGAAAGUUCCUACUUA